AUGAACCCUCCACUGAACAGCAAACAGACACGUUCAACUGAACGGGAAACUACGGAGAAACCCACCACAGAACAGGAAACUACGGAGAAACCCGCCACAGUACGGGAAACUACUGAGAAACCCACCAUAAAACGGGAAACUACGGAGAAACCGACAACAGAACGGGAAACUACGGAGAAACCGACAACAGAACGGGAAACUACUGAGACACCCACCACAGAACGGGAAACUACAGAGAAACCCACCACAGAACGGAAAACUACGGAGAAACCCACCACAGAACGGGAAACUACGGAGAAACCCACCAUAAAACGGGAAACUACGGAGAAACCCACCCCAGAACAAGAAAAUGAAGAUGUAUCAACUGGGCGCAAUCAACUGAAAGGCAAUCAACUGAAAGGCAGUCAACUGAAAAGCAGUCAACUGAAAGGCCCUCAACCGAAAGGCAGUCAACUGAAAAGCCCUCAACUGAGAGGCUAUCAACUGAAAGGCAGUCAACUGAAAGGCCCUCAACCGAAAGGCAGUCAACUGAAAAGCCCUCAACUGAAAGGCAGUCAACUGAAAGGCCAUCAACUGAAAAGCAGUCAACUGAAAGGCCCUCAACCGAAAGGCAGUCAACUGAAAAGCCCUCAACUGAGAGGCUAUCAACUGAAAGGCAGUCAACUGAAAGGCUCUCAACUGAAAAGCAGUCAACUGAAAGGCCCUCAACCGAAAGGCAGUCAACUGGAAGGCCCUCAACCGAAAGGCAGUCAACUGAAAGGCAGUCAACUGAAAAACAGUCAACUGAAAGGCCCUCAACCGAAAGGCAGUCGACUGAAAGGCCCUCAACUGAAAGGCAAUCAACUGAAAGGCAGUCAACUGAAAGGCAGUCGACUGAAAGGCCCUCAACUGAAAGGCAAUCAACCGAAAGACAGUCAACUGAAAAGAUCUCGACUGAAAGGCAGUCAACUGAAAGGCCAUCAACUGAAAAGCAGUCAACUGAAAGGCCCUCAACCGAAAGGCAGUCAACUGAAAAGCCCUCAACUGAGAGGCUAUCAACUGAAAGGCAGUCAACUGAAAGGCUCUCAACUGAAAAGCAGUCAACUGAAAGGCCCUCAACCGAAAGGCAGUCAACUGGAAGGCCCUCAACCGAAAGGCAGUCAACUGAAAGGCAGUCAACUGAAAAGCAGUCAACUGAAAGGCCCUCAACCGAAAGGCAGUCGACUGAAAGGCCCUCAACUGAAAGGCAAUCAACUAAAAGGCAGUCAACUGAAAGGCCCUCAACUGAAAAGCAGUCAACUGAAAGGCCCUCAACCGAAAGGCAGUCGACUGAAAGGCCCUCAACUGAAAGGCAGUCAACUGAAAGGUCUUCAACUGAAAGGCUCUCGACUGAAAGGCUCUCAACUGAAAAGCAGUCAACUGAAAGGCCCUCAACCGAAAGGCAGUCGACUGAAAGGCCCUCAACUGAAAGGCCCUCAACUGAAAAGCAGUCAACUGAAAGGCCCUCAACUGAAAGGCAAUCAACUAAAAGGCAGUCAACUGAAAGGCCUUCAACUGAAAGGCAAUCAACUGAAAGGCAGUCAACUGAAAGGCAGUCAACUGAAAGGUCUUCAACUGAAAGGCUCUCGACUGAAAGGCUCUCAACUGAAAGGCAGUCAACUGAAAGGCAGUCAACUGAAAGGCAGUCAACUGAAAGGCAAUCAACUGAAAGGCAGUCAACUGAAAGGCCCUCAACUGAAAGGCAGUUAA